AAUUAUGGUUUGGUCAGACAAGACUACUUGUAUAUAGUUAAUCUAUUUUUUAGUCUAUUUUUAGUCUAUUUUUUAGUCUAUUUUUAGUCUAUUGGUCAGACAAAACAUUAAUGCCUCUUUUUUAGUCUAUUUUUAGUCUAUUUUUCAUGGACGAGGCGGAGGUGGGUUUUCUCUCGUUGCAUCGGUCUUCGAUGACGAUGGCAUGCUUUUGCUUGCUUCCAUCCUUAUUGUCAUCGUUCCAUCAUAAGUUCUUGAUCCUUGGUCCAAAGAUAGUUCGGUAUAGGGAUUCUUUGGUAAAGAUUCUUAUGGUCUAUUUCAUGACCACCGCUUCCUCGAUGGUAGUGAAAACCUAGCCGUAGACACCAUCAUUAGCUUAGCUUCCUUGGUAGAGGCUAAAAACGAAUGUGGCGAUCAACGAGGGUUUUCUAUAGUUGCAUCGAUGGUGAUCUCUUGCAUUCGCUUGUUUCCUGUCCUAUAGUGGCCAUUCUAUCGCAAAUUCUUGAUCCUUGGUGCAGAGAAGUGUUGGUACAAGGAUUCUUUUGAAUAGAUUCUUUUGGUCACAGAUUUUCAUAGCAAGCUCUGCUGCUGCACCAAGGAUCAUGAUUAGAGACGGAUAUGGUGGGUAUAAGCAUUGGUUGUUUGUAGUGGAAACCAUUAGAUCAGGUAGAUCUGCAAUGGUUUUAGGGGCGGCCUUGUUCUUGAUGCUUGAUUUAGUAUAUUAAUUGCAUCUGAUUUCCUGUUUUAUAAGGAUUGUAGGUUGUUUCAUGGUUCUUGUUUGCGAAUUUGGUCUCUGAUAGCUUUGAGGUGGUAGACAUCCAGAUUAGCUUGGGGAUUUUAGACCUUGGAGCUUGUAGCUUCUCUAAUCAUGAUACGUUUAUUGAUCUAUUGCUUGCAGUUUUUUAUGUGUCUAAAUUUAUAGUACAUAGACUUGGCACCAAUAACACUGUAGUUAUUUACUUCUAAAAUAAAGUAUUGGUUUUGAUGUGGAGUAGCAUGGUUUAUAUAUAUGUUUGCUCUCUUUUAUGGAGUUAUUUAAACUAUUCCAUUGGAGAUCAUCCAUUUUAUUUAUAAAAACCCAUGGUGGUAAGGUUUAUGAUAUAUUAAGCUCUGUAUUUUGUGUGAUGAAGCUUUAAGGUUAUUUUGACCAUUGAAAUUGUUUACUGUUGUAUUUUAUAUUCUUGGUCAUCUGCAGUUCUUCAUGAUGAGGUAUUUAAUUUGGUAAAUGUUUCAUUUGUUUGUGGUUGUUUUCUUUCAUCUUUUCUUGUAUUGAUUAUUUACUAUAUAUUUUAUGUGAUUCUUUAUAGCACAAAUGUCUGCACAUUUUCUUUAUAUAAAAGUACCAGCCUUGUAGGCUGUUUAUAAAAAUUGUUCAGUUUUGCAAUUCUCAUGACAAUAUCCCAAUUAUCAUAUUUUUUAAUUCUCAUAAUCUUCAACAUUAAUGCCUCUUUUUUAGUCUAAUUUUAGUUAAUUAUGGUUUGGUCAGACAAGACUACUUGUAUACAGUUAACCUAUUUUUUAGUCUAUUUUUAGUUAAUUUGUGCUGGUCUAUGAACCAAUUCCCUGUUUGGAUUGACUUUAAUCCUUGAAUCUUUGUUCUUUGUUGCAGCAGCCGAAGAAAGAACCGGAUGAUCUUGAGGGCAUAGCGGAUGCAGCGCCGGACACCUUGCUGAAGGUGAAGGCGAACAAGAAGGAGAAGAAGCGAAUGCGCAAGGAUAAGGACUCUUCUGAUGCUGUGGAGGGGUUCAGUGUGUUCAAGAGUUCCGAGUCUUUGUCCUCUAUUCUAGAAAGAAAUGCUUUGGAGGUUACUUCUGCUGAGAUGAAGAAGGACGUGGAAAAGGAGAUUGAGAAAGCUUCUAUUCUGCGUAAGAAGUAUGGAAUUCACAUUUCGGGACAUGGUGUUCCUCCCCCGCUUGAGAGUUUUGCAGAGCUAAGCUCAAG